CCGAGUGGAUUAAAACACCCACAAAAAACAUUUCCCCGAAAUCUGGACUUGGACUCGGUUGGAACAGGAAGAUUUGUCGCCACUGUAAGUGUCCACAGGCAGAGCACUUUGAAAGGGUGAUGCCUUUGGAAAUGGAGAAGACCGUAACCAAGUUGAUGUUUGACUUCCAGCGGAAUUCGACUUCUGACGAUGAUUCGGGUUGUGCCUUGGAAGAAUAUGCCUGGGUUCCUCCCGGGCUGAAACCGGAACAAGUUCAUCAGUACUACAGCUGCCUACCAGAAGACAAAGUGCCCUACGUGAAUAGCCCCGGGGAGAAAGCCCGCAUCAAACAGCUUCUACACCAGCUGCCACCGCACGACAAUGAGGUACGAUAUUGUAACUCCUUGGAUGAGGAAGAGAAGAGAGAACUCAAACUCUUCAGCAAUCAGAGGAAAAGGGAGAACUUGGGUAGAGGCAAUGUUCGACCAUUCCCAGUCACCAUGACAGGAGCCAUCUGUGAGCAGUGCGGAGGCCAAAUCAACGGAGGGGACAUAGCCGUCUUCGCAUCCAGAGCAGGCCAUGGCGUAUGUUGGCACCCACCCUGCUUCAUAUGCAGCGUUUGCAACGAGCUGCUGGUAGAUCUUAUCUAUUUCUAUCAAGACGGGAAGAUUUACUGUGGCCGGCACCACGCCGAAUGCCUCAAGCCCCGGUGUGCGGCAUGUGAUGAGAUUAUUUUUGCUGAUGAAUGCACAGAGGCUGAGGGAAGACAUUGGCACAUGAAGCACUUUUGCUGUUUUGAAUGUGAAACGGUGCUGGGCGGCCAGCGAUACAUCAUGAAGGAAGGGCGGCCAUAUUGCUGCAACUGUUUCGAAUCCUUAUAUGCAGAGUAUUGUGAUACCUGCGCUCAGCACAUUGGCAUUGAUCAGGGCCAGAUGACUUAUGACGGUCAGCACUGGCACGCUACAGAGACCUGCUUUUGUUGUGCACAGUGCAAGAAAUCCCUCCUUGGGCGGCCGUUCCUGCCGAAGCAAGGACAGAUCUUCUGUUCCAGAGCUUGCAGUAUGGGCGACGACCCUAAUGGCUCCGAUUCCUCAGACUCGGCCUUCCAAAGUGCCAGAGCCAAAGAAUCGCGACGGAGUGCCAAGAUUGGCAAGAACAGGAACAAAGGCGAAGAGAACGCCGCCAGCCAGAGUAGCCAACUGCAGGUGACCUCCAGCAGGCUGUCUGGGGACGUGGACCCCCUCUCCUUGCAGAUGGAUUUGCUGAGCUUGUCCAGCCAAACUCCUAGCCUCAACAGGGACCACGUAUGGAGGAGCAGAGACGAACUCUACCACUAUGGGAACAAGAUGGAGCAAAGUCAGUCGCAGAGCCCUUUACAGCUGCUCAGCCAAUGUAACAUAAGGACUUCCUACAACCCAGGGCAGACCCCAAGUGCCCAGCAGGAGCUAUGGGGUAAACAUUUCAGCAACCCAAAGAGAAGCUCCUCCUUGGCCAUGAAAGGACACGGUGGCAGCUUCAUUCAGGAGUGCCGAGAAGAUUAUUACUCAGGAAGGCUACGGUCGCAGGAGAGUUACAGUGACAUGUCCAACCAGAGCUUCAGCGAAACCCGAGGGAGUUACAAGGUCUCCAAGUAUGACCAAGAGGAAGACAGCAGCAUGUCUGCCCAGCAUUGUCGCACCCGGCAUCCAAUCAAUGCACUGAAAUUCACUGAGGAAUUGACACCCACAGAGCAAACUCCACGGGGUUCAAUGGAGUCCCUUGCUCUUUCCAACACCACAGGGCUCUCUGCAGAUGGUGGUGCCAAGCGACAAGAGCAUCUCUCUCGGUUUUCCAUGCCUGAUCUAAGCAAAGAUUCUGGAAUGAAUGUCUCAGAGAAAAUGAGUAACAUGGGAACACUGAAUUCCUCCGUCCAGUUUAGAAGUGCCGAGUCUGUCCGUAGCCUACUUUCUGUUCAACAGUACCAAGAUAUGGAAGCCAACCUGCAUGAUCUUGCCAAUCCCAUUGGUUAUAGAGACACGUCAUCCCGCGGAAGGAUGCAUCAGAGCUUUGACUAUGAAGGUGGCAUGCCAGGAAGCAAAUUGGCUGGACAGGAGAGUGCCAGACAUCCUCCCAUGAGUGAGCGUACCCCGAGACGAACUAAUCUCCGAGAUGAUGAUCGGCGUUAUCGCCCCCACAGGCCCCGGCGGUCAAGGCGCUCCCGCUCAGAUAAUGCUCUUCACCUCGCCAGUGAACAGAGCUAUAAGUUGAAAGAGAGGCCCUCUCUACGAGCCAGAGAGGAUUAUGAUCAGUUCUUGCAGCAAAGAAGUUGCAGAGAGACUGUGGAGCAGGGUGCACGAAGAAAUCUCUAUGGUCAGUGUCCAAGGACUGUAUCAGACCUUGCUUUGCAAAACCACUUUAGCGAGAGAUGGGGACCCUACUUUGCUGAAUACGACUGGUGUUCUACAUGCUCCUCGUCCUCUGAAUCUGACAAUGAAGGCUACUUCCUUGGGGAACCAAUCCCACAACCCAGCCGUCUCCAGUACGUUACCGGUGAAGAGCUCCUUCACAAAUAUGGUUCAUACAGCAUGCCUAAGUCUUCCACGCUAGGUGGUCGAGGACAGUUACACAGCCGGAAAAGGCAAAAGAGCAAAAACUGUAUUAUAGCAUAACCACGUUGCCCAAGCACAGUGUUGGAGAAUGUAAUUACUUCAUCAACUUGCACUGUUGUAGGUCUUAAAGCGCUUUUUAUUGUAACAAAACAUCCUGGCACGCGGGGAGCUGUAAGAAGAAGGUCAUAGACAAAGGUCUAUAAAUAGUCAUACUUGUUGGCAUGGUGAAUAUAUUUUGCACAUUUUAUUUUGGGGAUGGAGGGAGGGAUGAAAUUUAUUUUAGCAUGUAGUAGUUACAAAUUUACCUCCUUCCCACGAGUAGCUGCCACCCAUUUAAUACCCAGUUCACCCAUGUGUUUUUAGUUGCCAUUGUUUUCUAUAACCAGCAGUUAGCUACUAGUUAAUUCUCUCUCCUCUUUUUUGCUUUUCAUUUUCAUCACCUGGUUUUGUGUUUUGUUUUUGGACAUUUUUUCUGCCAAAUUGCAAGGAACUGUAAGUUAUUUCCAUUAUUGUUCUGUAAAUGCAAAGUAAAUGAGAGUUCGGAGAAAAUAUUUUUGUAUUUUGUAAUAUCAGAGGAAUGUCUGUACCUUAGGAGUCACUGGGAAAUUCAUACACAUCCAUCAUGCUUUUUGGCCAGAGCUAAACUAAUAGAGCUUCAGAACCCUUUAUCUUCUGCCAUUGAAUGUCUUCUGGAUCAGCAGGAUUAUACUUUCUUCACCUGCUUAAAACAAAAAGAAGAGCCUUUUUAAACAUUCAUUUGCUCUUUAGGCGGCCUACAGAGGGCUUUUGAAGUCUACUAACACCUUCAUUUUAUGUUACUCUGUAAAACAAAUAUAGGCAUCUAUCACUGAAACAAAAAUAGACAAGUUUUUUCCCCUCCCUUUUUCAAAUACAAGAAAAAAAUAACCAAAUAUUUGUAAAAGCUAAAGAACCGUUUUGCUCUGAGGAGGUUCAGGUCUCAUUAGAGAGGGCUGAAGACACUAAAUUUCAACCAUUUUGGGGGGGAUAAACCAAAACAAUUGUAAAUGGUGCAGUUGUGUGGUGUCAGCAUGAACUUGUUUUGAGUAUAGAAUUGUUUUCUGGUGCUCUAGUUUCCUGGCAUUUGUUAACUGCUGUUCAUUACCAAGUGGUAUCUUCAACACUGCCUUCUUCUGAAAUUCAUAAUGAAAUGAAUACAUCCUAAUCAUGUCAGACUUAAAGUCUACCCGUGGGAGAUAAACACUUCAAACCCAUUACAAAAGCAGUUUGAAGAGCCUAUCCUCAGGGUACAAUGGAGUCCAUUCUUUGGAAGUAGAACAAAGCAACAAACGCUUCAACAUGGUAGAUAUAUACAUAGGGCUCAAAAUGUAUUGUGUGCUAUGGUGGAUGUGAGGUUUUUUUUUUUCCUCUCUGUAUGCUUUAAACAAUUGGGAGAUUGACAUCAAGAUGUGUUCUAUAUUGUUUCCAGAUGAGACAAUGGGAAAGAAGGAAAUUCUUUUUUGUUGUUGUUGUAGUACUUUUAUUAUAGGGCUGUAAAACGGGUUUCAGUAGUCCCCAGCUAGGUAGGAUCUCGCCAACUUACAACAUGUGCAUGGUUCUCUGGAGACUUUGAGGAUGCUAUUAGAACAAAAGUCCAUUGGAAUAGAUGGCAAAAUGCAAAUUGAUGUGAGUAGGGUUUUAAAAAGCAGGUGUGAGGGUCCUGGCUUCUCAUUUGGACCUAAGACGCAGGAGCUUUGGCCCUGCUCCAGCUCCACUGAAAACAAGUCCUUGGAUCAAUGUAUUUGUAACAAUGCGGGAACAGAUGGUAAUUACCUGUUGAAAAGCAGUGACUCAGAAGGAAAUCUCAGAUAUGGAUGGAUCCAUAGCACAGCUUGGAAUUUUUUGUUGUGCAUAAGGAGAAUGUGAUAACCAUGAUUUUUUUCCACACAAAAAAAAUAAAGAAAGAAAAAGA